GCAGAGGAGCGGGAUCCGAAGGACGAGGACGAGGCCGAGGCCGAGGAAGCCGCGGCGGCUAAGAAGAAAAAGAAAAAGAAGAAGGCGAAGGCGGCAGAUGCUGGCGAUGCUGCGGCUCCUGCCGACGAGGAGGACGAGGAAAAGGACGAGAAGGACGAAAGGCCAGAGGCCGAAGGGCUCGGUAGCCAGGAACAGUUGGUCCGGAUGCUGCAGCGCACGCGCGUGUGCGAAGAGUCGCGCCGGCAGCCGGACAGGGCACACCCCUUCUGGGACACCCAGCCGGUGCCUUCCAUGAGCUCGGAGUACACUCAGGACAGCGGCCCGAUCGAUGACACCAAGAAGCCCGACGAAGUGAGGGACGAGCCGUACGCGCUCCCGGCGCAGUUCGAGUGGUGCACGUGCGACGUCGACGACGACGCCGAAGCUCACGAGAUUUAUACCCUGCUGAGCGAGAACUACGUCGAGGACUGCGCAGUGGGGACUUGCAGGGCAUCGCCAACAGGACGGACACCGACCGCCUUCUCGGCAAGAUCGCGGCGUGCACGAAGCACACCUCCACGGCCGUCAUGGCGGACGGCGCUCUGGUGCAGGAGGGACGACGACAGCAUGUUCCGCUUCGACUACUCCGUGGUCUUCUUGAGGUGGGCCCUCAAGCCGCCCGGGUUCCUCAGAGAAUGGCACCUCGGCGUGCGCGUGAAGAGCAGCCGCAAACUGGUCGGGUUCAUCACGGGCAUUCCCGCCAACAUUCACGUUCCGUCCGGCGACGACGCGGGCAAGGCCUCGAAGGCCGUCGACUCCCUCGUCAAGAUGGCCGAGAUAAAUUUUCUGUGCGUCCACAAGAAGCUGCGCUCGAAGCGGCUCGCACCAGUGCUGAUCAAGGCGAUCGCGGCGGAGUACAACCACUUGAUGGACGAGCAGCCCGUGCCGGCGAAGGUGCGAGCGGGCGCAGCCGAGGCGCCCCGCGGCAGCAGGAGCUCAGCCGCGAGCGCGGGCGCAGCGAGGGACAAUCGCGCGCGCGCGCCGGCGGAGCGCGGGAGUGCGGCUCCCAGGGCCGCGGACGGCCGCGACGGCCAGCGCGGCAGGGGCACCCGGGGAGACGCGCGUGCCAGCGCGCAGGAGGAGAGGCGCGGCGACUUGAUGGAGGAGAGGCGUGGCGACGUGAAGGAGGAGAGGCGCCGGCGCAGGUCGAGGAGCAGGCGCGGCAGGUCGGAGGCGGGCUUGCGCUCGGUCAAGCUGGAACCCACGGAGCAGGAGCGCAGCGGCGAGGCGAGGGUCGCGACGGAGGACAUCCGCGACAUCGCAUCGGCGUUUGUGACCGUGUGUGCACGGCUCUCGAACUGCAGGGCGUUGGACGCUAACGGUGAGGCGCUGAGGUGGCGCCGCGAAAGCUGCGACGAGGACCUUUGCGAGAGCUGCCGCAUCGCGUGCGCGCCCGCGGACGAGGGCGAGGAGGGCGACCGGCGCUCGGAGGGGGUGCCGACAGGCGACCUGAGCUGGCCGCCCCAGCGCGAGUCCCCGCCCGAGGAGGGCCAGAAGACUGGCCGAGGCAGGGGCGGCGGCGGCAGCGGCUCGAAGGGCGACGGCAAGUCUGGCGGCAAGGGCGGCGGUCGCGGCAAGGGCCACGGCAGGGGUGGCGACCGCGGCAAGGGCUCCAGCAGGGGCGCGGACUCCUGCGGCACAGGCGGUGGCCGCGGGAAGGGCCAGGGCAAGGGCACGCGGCGUGAUAGGCCGGACGCGGAGGCCGCAAAACCGGCAGCGCGCCGCGCUCGCCUUGUGCGGGAGCCGGGGCUGGCGGAUUACCACCGGAGCCUGAAUCCCAAGAAGCUCAUCGAGGUGGGCUUCUCGCACCUCGGGAAUCGCAUGACCAUGCGUGCCGGUGCUGCGGCGGCGCGGCGGGUGUUUCCCUGCCUGCGGCGGGUUGGCAUGGGCAACAACGGUCUCAGCUGCGAGUGCCAGGAUGACGUGCGCACGCGGGGCGACACCAAGCCCAACGCGCGGGGCCGCCAGGUCUCGAUGGAGGAGGACACCGUUGCCCUGACGAGCGACACCGCCUCGUCCUCGAAGCUCGACUCCAGGCACGGCGGCGGCGGGCAGAGCGGCGCCGCGUGGUCCCACGCGGAGGAGGGCCGGAGCCCGAACCCCCCGUGGACGAGUCGGCGCCAGCCCCCGCGGACGAGGAGGAGCCGCCGUUGGCCUCUUCGACGAGGAGUCCGAAGAGGCUGCCGUCGAUGCGGUCGCCGGGCGCGUUCGACUCGCAGGCCAGUUGUGACCGCCACUUGGCGUUCGAGGACCGGAGGCCAGUUCAACAAGCUCGUCAACCACAACGGCUUCAUCGUCGGCCUGGACCCUGCGAGCGCCUACGUCCCCGACGCCCUGGAGCGAUACGGGCACCACGGAGCGGAGUCGGCCGUUGCGGACCAGCUUGAGCAGUGGCUGUCCAGCCUGCGCACUCGGGUGGUGACGGACGAGGCUUUUGACGGAUCGCGGAUCAUCGGAGCUGUGAUUCGUAUCGAGUCGCUGAAGUGCUCGAUAGACGGGAUGCCGCUGCCCGCCUACCUCUGGGGGAAGAAGCAGGUGGUGCCCAUCCUCAGGUUCAGCCACGCCUUGGGCCCCAUGAAGAAGGGCGUUCAGCUGAUGGAGGUCCCAGACAAUGCGGACGCCCUGCUCGACGACGCGGUGAAUGCACAGGUGUUCGCCGUGAAGACGCGGUGCACAAUCGGCGGCGCCGACAGGAAGGGCAUCCGUGCUGCCGUGAGGCAGCAGUUCGAAUUUGCCCGCCGGGUGAUCCACAAGGGCCUGGCGGCCUGCCUGCAGGUCGAGGUGAAGCCCGACGCCAGACAGAAGGAGGCCUGCGAGCGGCUGCUGGCGGGCUUCCUGCUGGAGGCGCUGGGCGAGCUGCAGGCCGAGGAGAAGGUCAUCCUCGACCUCUCGAUCCCAGAGGAGCCCAACAUAUUCUUGACGCUUCGCGGCAUCCCUGCACCAUGCGCGUCACGGGUCUGUCGGGGGGCUACGGGCUAG